CGCAGAUGUGUAUAAAACUAUAAUCAAAAUUUCAGAUUUUUUGUUAACGGGGGAAUCGAUGAGCCAAUGGGCGUCUCUCUCGAGGGUUUUGAUUGUGCACCAAAAAGCCUAUACUCUUGAACUCGCUACGUAUAAUCUUGCAGGUUGAUGUAUAUCAUGAUGCCAGCCCGCCGGGUAGGAGAGAGAGAGCAGGAGUAUAGUUUAUAUAAUACACAACGCGCUGAUAUACACGUUUCCGCCAUCAAUUCGAAGUGUUCUGCCAUAACCUUCAACACAUACUUAUUAAAACGUAAACAACCUCAAUAGCCCCAACAAGACCUUACACUACCCCAAAGCCACACACCAGACAUUCAACACCAUGACGGACUCAGCUCAAACUCAUAAGCCAGCGGGUCGAAGGAUGACUCUAAUGGGACAGGCGACGCUGAUGUCUCAGACGGACACCAAUCCCUCAUACCCUCUGGGGUUCAUGGUUAUGGAGAGGAAUCUCGACUACGACGACUUCUGCAAGGCUUUAGUGGACCGUGUGCUUACUAAACCUGUAUGUGCCCAAGAACAAGUCCCAUUGUGUGUUGUAUGGUCUACUGUAGGUAGUCAUUAG